AAAUCAACCAAAAUGGCAUACCUCAGAAGCUCUCUUGUCCUAGCACUUCUCUCUAUGUUCAGUUCUUUAGUGUUAGUUUCUUCUAUAACAUACGAUGUGGUGAGUUUGGGAGCAAUAGCAGAUGGAAAAACUGACUCAACUCAGGCUUUUGUUAGUGCAUGGACAAAAGCUUGUGCCUCAGUAAGUUCUGCCAUGAUUUAUGUGCCAGCAGGGAGGUUCUACCUCGGGCAAGUGGUUUUCAGUGGACCAUGUAAGAACAAUGCUAUCACUGUGCGCAUAGCUGGGACACUUGUGGCCCCAUCAGACUAUACGGUCCUUGGAAAUACAGGAACCUGGCUUUUGUUUGAGCAAGUUAAUGGGGUUACCAUAUCUGGUGGAAUUCUUGAUGGCCAAGGCACUGGUUUAUGGUCUUGCAAAGCCUCUGGCAAUGGUUGUCCUUCUGGAGCCACGACAUUGGAAUUUUCCAACUCAAACAAUGUUGUGGUCAGUGCAUUAACCUCCUUAAAUAGCCAAUUGUACCACAUUGUCGUAAAUGGCUGCCAAAACGUGAAAAUGCAAGGUGUCAAGGUCAUUGCGCCUGGAAAUAGCCCAAACACUGAUGGCAUUCAUGUUCAAUUAUCUUCAAGUGUCACAAUUCUCAACUCUAAGAUUGGGUCCGGUGAUGAUUGCAUCUCAAUUGGCCCUGGUACCACUAACUUGUGGAUUGAGAAUGUUGCAUGUGGACCUGGGCAUGGAAUUAGCAUUGGGAGUUUAGGCAAGGACCAACAAGAGGCUGGUGUACAAAAUGUAACAAUCAAAACAGUUACUUUUACCGGUACUCAGAAUGGGGUGAGAAUUAAGUCAUGGGGAAGGCCUAGCAAUGGGUUUGCUAGGAACAUUCUUUUUCAACAUGUCACUAUGCAAGAUGUCCAAAAUCCAGUUGUAAUUGACCAAAAUUAUUGCCCCAGCAAUGAAGGUUGCCCUGGUCAGGUUUCUGGUGUUCAAAUUAGUGAUGUGACAUACCAAGACAUCCAUGGAACAUCAGCUACAGAGGUUGCUUUGAAAUUUGAUUGUAGUUCGGAAUACCCAUGCUCCAGAAUAAGAUUGGAGAAUGUAAAGCUCACUUACAAUAAUAAUCAAGUGGCCCAAGCUUCAUGUGUCAAUGCUGCUGGGACAUCUACUGGUUUUGUCCAGCCCAUGGGUUGCUUGUAG